GUACAAGAGACGCCACCCCCGGAAGCUGUUCCCGGGAGCGGAAGUGGAGGAUGGGUUGGAGGCGUGGGGAUCGCGCGUGAAGUGUGGCUGGUUCCAGACCAUGCGGCUCUGGUGGGCGUGAGCUGAGUAAUGCGUACUCGGCUUCUCGAUUUUAACUUGGUUUGAAAAUGAGUAAGCGCAGAAAGCUGCCAGUUCAGCAAUCAGCAAGUUCUGAGACCUUCAGCCCAGAUGUUGUCACUGACGUGUUUGAGCUCUUCGCCAAGAACUUUUCAUACUGUAAGCCACUUAAUAAUGAGUGGCAAUUACCAGCACCCACUGAGGUUUUCACCUGUGACCACACAGAGUUCAGGGUCUUUCUGGACUUGAAGAGCUCCCUGAAUGAAGUGAAAAACCUCCUGAGUGAUAAGAGGCUGGACGAGUGGCAUGAGCACACUGCUUUCACCAACAAGGCGGGAAAAAUCACGUCUCACGUGAAAAAGGCUGUCAAUGCAGAGCUUUGCACUCAAGCCUGGUGCAAAUUCCAGGAGAUUCUGUGCAGUUUUCCACUUAUUCCUCAGGAAGCUUUUCAGAAUGGAAAACUGAAUUCUCUGCACCUCUGUGAAGCCCCAGGAGCUUUCAUAUGUAGUCUCAAUCAUUACUUAAAAUCCCACCGGUUCCCCUGUGAGUGGAGUUGGGUAGCUAACACCCUGAAUCCAUACCAUGAAGCAAAUGACAAUCUUAGGAUGAUCAUGGAUGACCGGCUGAUCGCAAACACCUUGCACCAUUGGUACUUUGGCCCAGAUAAUACUGGUGAUAUCAUGACCUUGAAAUACCUGACUGGACUUGAGGAUUUCCUCAGCAGCAUGUCUACUGUCCACUUGGUCACUGCUGAUGGAAGUUUUGACUGCCAGGGAAACCCAGGUGAACAGGAGGCAUUAGUCUCUUCUUUGCAUUACUGUGAAGUUGUCACUGCUCUGACCACCCUUGGAAACGGUGGCUCUUUUGUUCUAAAGAUGUUUACGUUGUUUGAACAUUGUUCUGUAAACCUCAUGUACCUGCUAAAUUGUUCCUUUGACCAAGUCCAUGUUUUCAAACCUGCCACUAGCAAGGCAGGAAACUCAGAAGUUUAUGUGGUGUGUCUCCUCUAUAAAGGAAGAGAGGCUGUCCGCCCUUUGUUAUCUAGGAUGGUGUUGAAUUUUGGGACUGAAAUGACCAGGAAAGCACUCUUUCCUCAUCAUGUUCUCCCCAAAUCUUUUCUUGAGCGACAUGAAGAGUGCUGUACAUUCUUUCAUAGAUACCAGUUAGAGACGAUUUCUGAGAACAUUCGUCUAUUUGAGUGCAUGGGAAAAGGGGAGCAAGAGAAAUUGAAUAAUUUAAGGGAUUGUGCUGCACAAUAUUUUAUGCAAAAAUUUCAACUGAAGCCUCUUUCUAGAAAUCACUGGCUUGUUAAAAAAUCCAAUAUUGGUUGUAGUACAAACACAAAAUGGUUUGGACAGAGGAACAAGUAUUUUAAAACCUAUAAUGAACGCAAGAUUCUAGAAAACCUUUCGUGGAAAGAUAAAGUAGCCAAAGGAUACUUCAAUAGUUGGGCAGAGGAACAUGCUGUGUAUCAUCCUGGGCAAAAUUCCCUCUUAGAGGGGACAACUUCCGAUCUUGAGUGUCACUUAUGGCAUAUUUUAGAAGGAAAGAAACUGCCGAAGGUCAAGUGUUCUCCUUUCUGUGAUGGUGAAAUUUUAAAGACUCUUAAUGAAGCCGUUGAAAAGUCCUUGGGGGAAGCUUUGAGUUUGGAUUCCAAGUUCAGGCCCAAGCAGCAAUACUACUGUUGUCACAUUUUUUCAGAAGAAUUGAUAUUAUCCGAGUUGUUUAGUCUUACCAAGUGCCUACAGGGUGAGCAAUUUGUAGAACCCAGCAACCCAAUAAAGUGCCUGCUUGUGGGUUCAUCGAUUGUCUGUGAUUUCAAAGUGCACACACGGAUGGAAGUCCAGCUGCUGGAAUCCAUUGAACUCAUAACCUUCAGCUGUUCACUGCUUCAUGAUGGUGACCCAACAUACCAGCAUUUGUUUUUGGAUUGCCUUCUACACUCGCUGAAGCAACUUCAAACAGGAGAUGUAAUGAUUUUGCCUGUACUUUCUUGCUUAACAAGAUUUAUGGCUGGCUUGAUCUUUGUUCUCCACAGCUGUUUUAGAUUUGUCACAUUUUCUUGUCCCACGUCCUCUGAGCCCCUCAGGACCUGUGCAGUCCUUCUGUGCAUUGGUUAUCAGAACCUGCCAAAUCCAGUUUUCCAGUAUCUGCAGAGUGUUAAUGAGUUGGUGAGCACUUUGCUCCAUUCUCAGGCACCCCAGCAGGUUUUGCAGUUUGUGCCAAUGGAGGUGCUCCUUCAGGGGACACUGCUUGACUUUUUGUGGGAUUUGAAUGCUGCCAUUGCUAAAAGGCAUUUGCAUUUGAUUAUUCAAGGAGAGAGAGACAAAGUCAUCAGCAGCCUUGAGUUAUAAAAUUGAGCAUGUCCCUGUUGAGAUUUAUUUUUGUGACUUAGUUUCUGCCUUCAUUUCACCUGCCCUCUCUAUUUAAUACCUUUCAUUUUGGAGAAAUGCCAGUUUUUUGUAUCAAAGGACAUUAAUUAUGGAAAGUCAUAGCUUGUUCUCAUCUGAAGGAUAUAUGUACUAAUAGGCACAGAGUUCUUAUGGUAGGAACCGUGCACGGGUGGUAUUCAGCCUGUAAUCUUGUGACAUCAGUAUGUGCUUGGGGUGUCAACACACCUCCUGCGCAGUGGAGUUGGUCUCAUUUAUCUGUUGAAGAUUUGCACUUGUUUUUCUUUAUUCAGACUUUUCCCCCAACCAGUUUCUCUCAUAGGCUAACGCUGUUAAUGAUUGUUAGAAGUCAUUCAUAAAAGAAGUGAGUGGCAUCACCUCCUGGGCAUCACUAUUUACUUGGGAGCAGUUGACUCACAUGUCAUGAUGGAUUUCAGGGAUCUUUCUAACAGAUUUCUUGGUAUGUGCCAUUCAUUGCCUUUAGAUCAGUGGCUUGAUUUUCUUUUGAUUGGAGUGAAACUAGUGUGCUCUUGAGUGACUAUUUCACUAGCUGUAAUAUCCAACUAAUAAGACAGCUUUAAGCCAAAGCCACAGGUCAUUGUACAGUGGGAAAUUAUGUCUGAUAUUUUAUCAUGAAAAGCUUCUUUCAGCAAUCUUGGCAUUGUUUAUUUGUUUUUGUUUGUUGAGACAGGGCAUCUCUGUGUAGCUUUGUACAUCAGGCUGGCCUGAAACUCACAGAGAUCUGCCUGCCUCUGCCUCCUGAGUGCUGGGAUUAAAGGUGUGAGUCACCAUCACCCAGCCAAUCUUGGCGUUUUUAAUGUCCAGUAAGCAAUGAAUGGAAAGAUGAUUGAGUUUUAAGGCUUUGUGUAUAGUUAUGUCUUGUGGGUUAUGUAGGAGUGUGGUGAUCAUAGUGAAUACUGAGGAAAAGUAACACUUUCAGAAUGACAGGUUAACAAAUUUUUAAUCUUUGCUAAUUUUUAGUUUGAAAAUGGCAGGCACUUUACUGAGAUUAUCCAUGAAAUGGUUAUUUUAUCAAUUACAUUUGAUUUCGAGUUAUAUAUAUUUAAUAAUAUAAUGAACUUAUCUGGCAACCUGUUAAUUAAUUCUUUGUUACUUUGAAGUUCUAUGAAGUAGAUAAUUACAUCUUGCAUGAAUUUUUAGUUAUUUUUUAUUACUUAAAAAUGGAAAUACUCUGUGAUAUAUUUGGUUAAUACAUUUUUCAUAUUCUUUGCUAUUUUUGAGUUCUAUUAUAAUUCACAAAUAAAGUCUUAAGCAGACAAA